UCUGAGAAUUCUCUCACAGCAGAGGCGACUCUUCUCUCUUCUUUCGCAUUUCGAUCACCAAAAUGUCGACAUUCCUUCGUAUCUAUUGCUCACGCCAUCCCUUCAAUUUUGUGUGCUUCUGCGGUUCUACCAUCUCUGCCUAUAUGUACGUACGCCUUCCUUUCACCCACCGCUCCCCGUUGCCAUCGAUUUCGAAAUCGUUAUCGUGCCUGAUUAUACCAAUAUUUACAAGUACGCUCGGAUCUUCGCAACUACACUCGUGUGUGUGAAUCUUCGUGGAAUUCGAUACAAACGGGGAUUAAAUAUUGAAUUCGACCGCCUUCCGAUGUCAAUUGUUGAGGAUGUGUUGCCGGUGCUCUGGCCUGCAAAUUUUGGAGAAAGAAUUGGAGUUUAUUCGAGCUCAUUUCUGCAGAAUAUAUCUCAGUCGGUGUCCAAUGCUAACUGUUAUGUACAUGGAGAGGAGCUUGGAGGAUGCCGGGACGACUCACUUGCUCUCCUACUCAAAUUGAUUGCAAUAGCUGCGAUCCUCGUUGCUGGAGUCUGCGGUGUGGGCAUCCCAUUGGUCGGCAAGAGGCGCAGGUUUCUACAAACUGAUUCCAACCUCUUUGUCGUCGCCAAAUCAUUUGCUGCUGGCGUCAUCCUUGCCACUGGCUUCGUCCACAUGUUACCUGAUGCCACUACGUCAUUAACCGACCCUUGUCUUCCGACAAUGUGGUCAAGAUUUCCGUUUUCAGGGUUCAUAUCAAUGAUGGCUGCCUUGGCUACUCUUCUCGUUGAUUUUGUUGGUACUCAAUAUUAUGAGAAGAAACAGUUAAAACAGAAUAAGAUUGCUCGGACAGCCUCACUGGAUACAGAAUCCGAGCCUGGGGUUGUUACAGCUGAAGCAGCUGGAUACAAUGGAAAGGUUUUUGGAGAAGAAGAAGGGGGCAUGAUGCACAUUGUUGGAAUACACGCGCACGCAGCACACCAUAGACAUAGUCACUCGCAAGAACAGGGAGCAUGCCAGGGGCUUCUUCGGGAGGAUUCACAUGGCCACUCACACGUACAUGGGCUUGGGAGCGUCGAUGAGGAAAGUGGCAUUAGGCAUGUUGUUGUUUCACAGGUUCUGGAACUCGGGAUAGUUUCACAUUCGGUGAUCAUAGGACUGUCUCUUGGAGUUUCACAUAGCCCAUGUACGAUUCGACCCCUGGUUGGAGCUUUGGCAUUCCAUCAAUUCUUCGAGGGAUUUGCUCUGGGAGGAUGCAUAUCCCAGGCCAAAUUGAGGACGCUCCAUGCGACCAUAAUGGCAUGCUUUUUUGCCCUGACAACUCCUUUAGGGAUCGCUGUCGGUAUUAGUGUUUCAUCGAUCUACAAUGCUAAUAGCCCUAGAGCGCUGAUAGUUGAAGGUGUGUUCGACUCGAUAUCCUCUGGGAUUCUGGUGUACAUGGCUCUAGUCGAUUUGAUUGCGGCCGACUUCUUGAGCAAGAGAAUGAGCUGCAAUGUGAGGCUCCAGAUGGUGUCGUAUUUUGCUCUGUUCUUGGGGGCUCUAUUGAUGUCUUUACUUGCACUCUGGGCUUAGUUUUCUUUAUUUCCCCUUUACAUCUGAAUAAUAUUGCAGUUUCUUAUAGUACAUUUUUUUUGUUA